AAGAGGCUUAUUUCGACCUGUUUAAACCCAUGUUUGUGUUUAGGCGUGGACGCCAGCUGGUGGGUUCUGCGCCCAGACUACCGCCUUCCCUCAGAGGAGGAGAUUCGCUAUCUAGUGCAGCCUGAGGACUUCUGCGCCUUCUUCAGCAUGCAGGCGGCAGAGCUGCGACUUAAAGACGCUGGAUACGGUGAGAAGUCUCUGUUUGUCCUCGAUGAAAAUCCUGAGGAGGAGGAGGAGAAGGAAGGUCAGCCCAAAAUGGAGGAUGAGGUGCGGGCGGCGCCGUGGAACACGACGAGGGCUUACCUGGCUGCGCAGCGUGGUGGCUGCUUCCUGGAGCUCCACGGACCCGCAGAUCCUACGGGGUGUGGGGAGGCGUUCUCGUACUCUAAGACCUCAGCUAAACCUGGCGCUCUCUUCCGCCAAGCUGGUGGGGAGGUAGCACGGGGACUUCUAAAGGAUAAGAAGACCGUUACCGGGACUGACGCAGAUUUGCGGAAACUCCACCUUCGGGAAGCCAGAGCGCUUCUUCGUUCCUUUGGUAUUAGCGAGGCUGACCUGAAAACCUUCAAACGUUGGGAGAUAAUCGACAUGGUACGAUUUACCUCAACGGAGCGUGCGAAGCAAGGAGAGGAGGAGAGCACAGCCAAAUUUGCCCGUGGUAAUCGUCUUUCCAUGGCAGAACAGAUAAGAUGCUACCGAGAGGAGUGCCAGCGCAUUUUCGAUCUGCAGAACCGUGUUCUCUCAAAUCCUGAGCUACUCUCUUCGGAUGAGGAAGAAGAGGAGCCCAGUUCAGAGGAGGACGAGGAUGAGAGUAAGGUUGGCGCUUCUGGUAGUGGAGGAGGCAGUGUCGGUGGUAGCGCCUCCUCCAAUGCCAUCGGCGGGGUUCGACUCUCUAGCCUUCCCUCCUCAAACCAACAGUCCGUGCGCAACGUCCAUUCUCUUCUCACAAAUCGUAUCACUUCGGAGGAGCUACGGGAACGUCAAGAGGAGGCUGAACGCGAGAAUCUUAAGCGGAGUAUGGAACUUGGGAAAUCGCUAUUUUCAAGUAAAAAUAAACGGAAACAGAACCCACAAGGAACGGCGUCGAAUACGAGCGACGCUGCCAAUGUACAGCAACUAUCGGGAGUAAUGGGGGUGGAAGUUGAAACGGCAAAGCUAGUGGUGUACGAAGCCAGCGCGGCGUCAGCAGGCACCAUUCUUGACCUACCUGCUCCCUUCCCCAACGCCCAGAAGAAGAUGAUCCGAAUUACUCGCACCUACUGUAAGGGUACUGAUCGAGAAUACUCCCGUACCGAAGUGGUGCCUUGGUCCCCUGUAGUUGAAAUCUAUCUCAAGAUCAAACAGACCCGCGAUAUUGAACAAAUUCACACAUUUGUGGGCUCAGACGAGCAGUUCAAAGAGCAAAGGCGCAAAGAGAAACGGCGAAUUCAGGACCAGCUGCGUCGAGUACGCAAGCAGCAGGAAUUGCUACGUGCUCGGGGUAUGGCUGACGGAGGCGCACCUCUUCGGGACGCCAGCGGUCGUCUUCUGCCUAUCAACCGUUUGCCUGGUUCUGGUACUGUUCCCUCCUCUCGCCGCCGGCACAAACCCUCCAGCAACAUCCUCAAAAUGCGUUGUGGGGCUUGUGGUCAAACUGGUCACAUGCGCACUAACAAGGAAUGUCCAAUGUACGGGCGAAAUGAUGCUGUGGCACCUCCCCUGCAGGGCGGAGGACGCAGUGGCUCGCGCCGCGUCCUACCCCCAGGUGUUGAGCCGGAGACUGUCGCGGCUGCGCAGGAGUUAACUUCGAAACCAGUCGCCGAGCUCCUCGCUGCUACUGGUGGUGGUGUGGGCAUUGGGAGCGGUGGUGGGGGUGGUGAUGGUAGCGGAGGUGCAGGCUACGAUGCAGGCGACACCGAUUCUGCUGCCUAUGGCGAUGCACCGCACAGCAUCGGGGCUUCUCGACUCUCUGACGACUCUGAUGACGCCUUCGAUCACCGUGGUGAUCAGGAAUGCUAUGAAGGUCAUGACGACGAUUCUCGUAUGCAGUUUGAUAGCAGUCGUGGGAGGACGACUGGAAACCUUGGACGAUAUCCAGAUCCCCAUCUGCCCCCGAGGCGUCACGACUUGAAGAUGACGAUAAGCAAGCAGCUUCUAGACCGGUUGGAUGCGGCCAGCGAGGUGGUGCGCUAUGUUGAGGCGGCUACCCAGCGCAGUCGUAUUUCCAUCUCUGGAAGCGGUGGUAGGGGAGGCGCUGGUGGUUGUAGUCGCAGACGCAGUACUCUUGCAAGUGCGGCUGAUGAUGACUAUCCUACUUCAACCAUUAAACAUCGUGGCAACCGGCGGCGCAUCGAUCCCAGGGUCGCCAUAAACCACAUCUUCGAAGGCAUCUACAAAGGUCUUUCACAGAUUCCUGGCUGCAAGAUUUUUAUGUAUCCAGUGAAGGAGAAGGAUUUUCCGAAUUACUACAAGCACAUUAAGCAACCUAUGGAUCUUUCUCAAAUUCGCAUGAAGAUUAACCAGAACUCUUAUUCUACUCGAGAAGAGUUUCUAUCAGACAUUCGUUUGAUUCAUGAUAAUUCUCUGAAGUUUAAUGGCCGUUUUUCAGCAUUUACGGAAACCGCGAUGAAGAUGUGCUCUUAUGUGGUAGAGGAAUUCUGCCAGAAGGAAAUGAAGCUAAUGCGAUUGGAGCCGCUGGUGAACCCACUGUUGGACGAAAACGACCUCGUUCGACUGGGAUUUUUGUUGCAGAAGGCCGUGGAUGCUAUGCGUGGUGUUGAAAACAGCCGUGCCUUUCACUUUCCCGUUGAGAAGCGUCGCUAUCCUGACUACUACAAAGCGAUUGCGCAACCGAUGGACUUAUCGACGUUGGAGAAAUUAAUAAAGGAUAAUCGUUACCACAGUCGUGAGGAGUUCUUCAACGAUGCAGAUCUCAUUCUCUCCAAUUGUCGUCAGUACAACGGCGACGAGAGUGUACUCACAGGAAUUGCGCGAAAGAUGCUUGAUGUUGCUCGUUGUACUCUCGACGAGAUGGCGGAGACCAUAGAAACCAUUGAGGAGAAUAUCCGACAACGAUUGGAUGACAUCUCAACUGCGGACUCUCAGUCUCUUCACGGAGGAACAGCCUCCAUUGAUUUGACUGGGCCCUCGACUUCAAAGUCUAUUAAACGAUCCCUCAGACAAUCUGGCGAUCCUGAGACUUCUUCCAAAGUUCCCUUAUGUUCGGUGCCUGAAGAGGACACUGACUCUGCUAAUGGAGCCAAGAAGCGAAAGAUGGUCGACGAUGGGGAAAAUUCUUCCAGGGGUAGUCUCCGAUCAUUUUCUGCCCAUGAGGACGAUGAAGACGGGGAGUUUCAGUAUGAAACCGAGGGUGAAAGUCGGUUUCUUCCCACUUUACAAAAUGCCGAUUUGGAGAAUGACGAUAUGCAAAGGCCGUCCGCCACUCCAGCAGUGUCCGCUGUAUAUGUCGAUGAGGAUGGUAGAGUCUUGACAGACGAACGCAGCACCAUGGUGCCUGCGCAGGACACGCUGGUAGCUCAAGACUUGCAACUGACAAGCUCUGAGUCCAGUGGAGACCUUUCCGAACGCGAAGGUGGAGAGUUAAUGCAUGGCUCCGCAAUCAUUGCUGCGUCUGUAGCGCCUUCACGACCGUCCUCGCGAUACUCGCCUGACUUGGCUUCCGACCAACCAAAUGCUGACUUCUACUCACGAUCUGAAGGCACCCUUGCUGGAGGCGUCAACGAUGGCAGUGAUGACAACGCUGAUGACAGGCCAGUUAAGCGUCAACGUGUUGAAUUUUUCAUUGGAAGUGAGGAAGAAGAUUGGGAUUCUGGAGAGUAG